CACAUUUGUUUACCAGCCUUCACACACAUAUGAAAGUAGACGGGUGAGAAUCGCAGCCAAGCAGGUCUACGAGCCUCCUCCGGUUUUAAAGGACGCAUCUCUCCCCGUCCAAACCGGCGCUGCGUCACGGAUUUACCCUGCUGGAUUUAAGCUCCGCUGCAGUUUAAUGGCACUUUGGGAGUUACAGAAAAGGAUCCUUUAACAGCCGCUGUUGUCAGAACAAAACGAAUGUCAUUGUGGUGGUUAGAGAUGGGAGAGGGUUUGGGGCCUCUCUCCUCUGUAGGAUGGUAGCCGACGGCACAGUGGAAGGGAAUAAUAAGAGCCCUUUGUCAUGCUCAUCCUCAUCACCUCGUACAGAGACGGAGCAGCUUCAGCGCCAGGCCAAUCCCAACCCAAACCCAAACCUGACAUCUGCGCCUGCCCGCUCUACAUAUCGCACUCACUUCCCCACUUUCUCCUCUAAAGAAGACUGCAACAUCAUCACAGACACAGCGGCCAAGCUUGAAUGCUGCGGCUUCUACUGGGGUCCUCUGGGAGUGGAAGAAGCUCACCGCAUGUUACAGGACGCUCCUCUAGGCAGCUUCCUCAUCCGCGAUAGCCGGCAGAAAGACGUCUUCUUCACUCUGUCCUACCACGGCAAAACUGGGCCAGUCAGUGUGCGCAUCGACUACAAAAAUCAGAAGUUCUCGCUUGCAGGCAACGAGCGCUCCUUCCAGACACUUUUUGCCCUGUUGGAGCAUUACAUCAAUUCACCCAAGAAGAGUCUGAGCACCCCUUACAGGAAAUGGAAGCCUACAUUGCAGGAACUGUGCAGGAAGCGGAUCAUGGAGCAGUGCGGUGGAAAGAACCAGGUUUUAAAGCUGCCUGUCACACAUGUGGUCCAAAACUUUCUGUUGGAAUUCCCUUACAAACUGUGACCAGUCUACCAUGUAGAGUUUUAACUCUGCUGUUUCUUAUUUCAAGUCGGCGAUUUUUAACAAAUAAAGAAUUACUGGAAGUAUUGAAAAAGCCUGUCCAUCACAUAUCGAACAUUGAGACUGGAUCACCAUGG